AUGUCUUCAUACAUUUGCAGCCGAACUCGUUCCUCUUUUUUCUUCCCACUUGAGAAUUCCGUCUUCUUUUCACCUGACUUCUUCAUCGGCUCCUCCUCCUCGUUUCCAAACACCUCCCCCAACACACGCUUCCUUCCUCUUUCAUCUCUCCAUGAACCAUCAUCGCCACUCCUCGUUUCUGACCCACGCAAUGACAGUCAGUGGCGUCCCGCCGCCAAAGGGCAUCGAAUUUUCGCGCGCUGCCCUGAUAAUGGCGCGAAGCUGAACGCUUACUCUCACUCUCUUUCUUUCUUUCUUUCUUUCUUUCUUUCUUUCUAUAUAUUACUCUCUUUAUCUACUGCUUGUUUCGUUUUCCAUUCUUUUCUUGCUCUUUUCAAUUCCUUUUCAUCACUUAUUUUAACGGUCCGUAACAUCUUCACAUCUGCAUGUUUUCAGACUACUUCAAAAGAAGAGAAGAAAAUGAACGAAAUUAAAUAG